AUGGCCUCCUUCUCUCCUCCAGUGAUGAUGACUUCCACUUUGGCUGGAUUUUCCCAUCAUCAUCAUCAUCAUGCUCAACAACAACGUGGAGGAAUGGCUCUCACUGAAUACGCUCAAACAAUCGUCAAUGUCAUUGAACAAACUCCAACACCUCCUCUUGAAUCUCUGAAUUUCUCAACCCUUCAUCAGAAUGUUCCACCGAAUGAGCUCUCUCAUCGAGGUAUGCUUCAUUCUCCCACGGAUGGUGCGUUGAAAGAAGUCUACUCCAAAUAUAGUCAUGAAUUAUUUGUUCAAAUUCUUCAAGUAUUGAGAGAGUACUUGUUGGGAGAAUUUCCUCAUUCUCUCUCUCCUCAAGUGGAACGGUUUCUUCAUGACCAUGUGUGUGAGUGGUGGUGGCGUAUUCAAGUUCGAGCCUAUGAUGAGAAUGUUCCUCCCAAUCAUCAUCAUCAUCAUUAUUCGUUUCAACAACGACAUUAUUCGCAUCAUCAUCAUCAGAGAGUAGUCACUCAUCAUCAUUCCUCUCAACAAACUCCGUCUUGUCCAUCAUCGUCUUCAACUUGUUCCUCACAUCUUCUUUCUUUCUAUUCCAAUUGUGAACAUAAGGUGAGAGAACUCUUGAAUACAACGUGUCCUCAUGGGAAUAAGAAAAUUCUGGCAGUGGCGAGUGCGAGUGGAUAUCCUCAUGUGGUGGAGUGGCUCAUUGAGAUGGGAUGUCAAAUCGAUAGUGAGAGUCCUCCGGGUAGAAGAACUCCCUUAUUUAUUGCUGCCCUUAAAGGUCAUCUUCCUGUUGUUCGUGUUUUGCUCGAAAAAGGUGCUUCUCCACAUCAUGAAAGUCUCUUCAGUGACGAUGUGGUGAUGGUCUCGUAUUAUUGUGGAGUGGUGAGACAACGUGUGUAUUUGACACCAGAAAAAGCAGCACUGAAAGCAGGACACUCACAGGUGGCACAUUUCAUUAGAGAAUUUGAUUUGGAAAUGAAUCGAGCGAAGAAGAGAGGUUUGAAUAAAUUUUUCAAACAUACGAAAGAGUUGUGUCUUUGGAAUUCCAAAGAUGAUGAAGAACGAUGGUUUCAUGGAGAAGCACCUCCUGUGUGGAGACGUGACGACCCGAACUCUCUUUCUGACAUUUCUUUUACACUUCACUAA